GGCAAAGGCGGUGGAGGGGCUGACCUGGCGCACCCGGAGGGCUGGGUGCCGCGCGCCCCCGCAGACCCGACUGAGGCGCCGGGGCCGGCUCAGGAUGAGGACGCGCUGGGCACCCCCUCGCCGUGCGGCGGAGCUGCUCAUGCUGCUCCUUCCGGGCUUCGGGCUGGUGGAGCCCUCUGACCGCUCAGGUAAUGAUCCAUUCACCAUCGUCAAUGAAAACACAGGCAAGUGCAUCACGCCGCUGAAUGACUGGAUAGUGGCAAAGGACUGCGACGAAACCAAGGACAUGUUAUGGAAGUGGGUGUCCCAGCAUCGGCUCUUUCAUUUGCAGUCCCAAAAGUGUCUUGGCCUAGAUAUUACCAAACCCACAGAUUCCUUGAGAAUGUUCAGCUGCGACUACAAUGCCAUGCUGUGGUGGAAAUGUGAGCAUCACUCUCUCUACGGGGCUGCCCAGUACCAGUUGGCUCUGAAAGGUGGACACGCCAUAGCAAGUACAAAUUCAUCAGAUGUCUGGAAGAAAGGAGGCUCAGAGGAAAACUUGUGUGCCCAGCCUUACCAUGAAAUCUAUACUAGAGAUGGGAACUCUUUUGGGAGACCUUGUGAAUUUCCCUUCUUAGUUAAUGGGACCUGGCAUCAUGAGUGCAUUUUUGAUGGAGAUCGCAGUGGGCCAUGGUGUGCAACCACCUUAAAUUAUGAAUAUGAUCAGAAGUGGGGCAUCUGCUUACAACCAGAAAGUGGCUGUGAAGAUAAUUGGGAAAAGAAUGAAGAGACUGGAAGUUGCUACCAAUUUAAUAUUCAGGCAACUCUUUCUUGGAAGGAAGCUUACGUUUCAUGUCAGAAUCAAGGAGCUGACUUACUGAGCAUCAACAAUGCUGCUGAGUUAACUUAUCUUAAAGGAAAAGAAGGCAUUGCUAGAAUUUUCUGGAUUGGUCUAAAUCAGCUGUACUCUGCUAGAGGCUGGGAAUGGUCAGACCACAAGCCGUUAAACUUUCUCAACUGGGACCCAGAUGUGCUGAUGACACCUACCAUUGGCAGAUCAAGCUGUGCAAGAAUGGAUGCCGAUUCAGGUCUGUGGCAGAGUUUUUCCUGCGAGGCUCGACUGCCCUACGUCUGUGAGAAACUGUUAAAUAGCACAGUGGAGUUGACAGAUGUGUGGACAUACUCAGAUACCCACUGUGAUGCUGCAGACUGGGUGCCAAAUGAUGGCUUUUGCUAUCUGCUGGUCAAUGAAAGUGACACCUGGGAUAAGGCGCAUACGACAUGCCAAACCUUCAGCAGUGACCUCAUCAGCAUUCAUUCUUUAGCAGAUAUGGAGGUAGUUGUCACAAAACUUCAUAAUGGGGAUGCCGAAGGGGAAACGUGGACAGGCCUUAGGAAUAUAAACACACCAGCCCUAUUUCAGUGGUCAGAUGGUACUGAAGUUACUCUAACUUACUGGGAUGAGAAUGAGCCACGUGUUCCCUAUAAUGAGACUCCCAACUGCGUUUCCUAUUCAGGAAAGCUCGGUCAGUGGAAGGUCCAGUCAUGUGAAGAAAAACUUAAAUAUGUGUGUAAGAAAAAGGGAGAAAAAUUGAAUGACACAAGAUCUGAUAAGAUGUGUCCUCCAGAUGAGGGCUGGAAGAGACAUGGAGAGACCUGUUACAAGAUUUACAAGGAUGAGGUCCCCUUUGGGACCAACUGCAAUCUGACUAUAACUAGCAGAUUUGAGCAAGAAUACCUGAAUGAUAUGAUUAAAAAGCAUACCAUGUCUCCAGAAAAAUACUUCUGGACUGGCCUGAGAGAUACAAAUGCAAAUGGAGAGUAUAGCUGGGCAAGUGUCGGUGGAGUAAAGCGUGCUGUGACCUUUUCCAAUUGGAAUUUUUUCGAGCCAGCUUCUCCAGGAGGGUGUGUGGUUAUGGCUACUGGAAAGUCUCUUGGAAAGUGGGAGGUAAAAGACUGCAGAAGUUUCAGGGCACUUUCAAUUUGCAAGAAAAUAAGUGGACGCUCUGAGCCCGAAAAAGCAGCCCCCAAGCCUGAAGACCCCUGUCCUGAAGGCUGGCACAGUUUCCCCUCAGGUCUUUCUUGUUAUAAGCUAUUUCAUAGAGAAAGAAUUGUAAGAAAGAGAAACUGGGAAGAAGCUGAGCGAUUCUGCCAAGCGCUUGGAGGACACCUUCUUAGCUUCAGUCACAUGGAUGAAAUAAAGGAGUUUCUUCACUUUUUAACAGAACAGUUCAGUGACCAGCGUUGGCUUUGGAUAGGUUUAAAUAAAAGGAGCCCCGAUUUACAAGGAUCCUGGCAAUGGAGUGAUCAUACACCAGUGUCUACUAUUAUCACGGCAAAUGAGUUUCAGCAGGAUUAUGAUAUCAGAGACUGUGCUGCUGUCAAGGUCAUUCAAAGGCCAUGGAGAAGAAGCUGGUAUUUUUAUGAUGACAGAGAAUUUAUGAAUGUAAGGCCUUUUGCUUGUGAUGCAAAACUCGAAUGGGUGUGCCAGAUUCCAAAAGGUCAUUCUCUAAAAAUACCAGACUGGUACAAUCCAGAGCGUGCUGGAAUUCAUGGACCUCCAGUUGUAAUAGAAGGGAGUGAAUAUUGGUUUGUUGCUGAUCCCCGCUUAAGCUAUGAAGAAGCUGUUCUGUAUUGUGAUAGUAAUCACAGUUCUCUGGCUAGUUUAACAUCUUUUACAGGACUAAGAGCCAUCAAAAACAAGAUAGCAAAUAUAUCUAGUGAUGAGCAGAAAUGGUGGGUGAGAACUACUGAACAGCUGAUAUCACAUCGUUUUAUACACUCACGAGAUCCAUGGCAUCGCUUUCCUAUACUAUUUGGAGAGGAAUGCUUUUACCUGUCUGCCAAGACUUGGUUUAAUGAUUUACGAAAACCUGCAGACUGUAGUACCAAGUUGCCCUUUGUCUGUGAAAAAUACAAUGUAUCUUCAUUAGAAAAAUAUAGUCCAGAUUCUGCAGCUAAAGUGCAGUGCUCUGGGGACUGGAUUACUUUUCAGAACAAGUGUUUUCUAAGGAUCAACCCCAAAUCUGUCACAUUUUCUGAAGCCAGUGAUAUUUGUCAUACCUAUGGUGGAACCCUUCCUUCAGUGUUGAGCCAGAGAGAGCAAGAUUUUAUUACAUCCCUGCUUCCGGGUAUGGAAGCUUCUUUAUGGAUUGGUUUGCGCUGGACGGCUUAUGAAAAGAUAAACAAAUGGAUGGAUAACAGAGAGCUGACCUACAGUAACUUUCACCCAUUAUUGGUUGGUCGGAGGCUGCGAAUACCACCAAAUAUUUUUGAUGAAGAGGCAUCUUACCACUGUGCUGUAAUGCUCAACCUCCAAAAAUCACCUUUUACUGGGAUGUGGAAUUUUACUUCCUGUAGUGAACACCAUACUCUGUCUCUAUGUCAGAAAUACUCAGAAAUUGAAAGCAGACAGACCUUGCGGAAUACUUCAGAGACUAUGAAGUAUCAAAAUAACCUGUACAAAAUAAUCCUGAAGACCCUGACUUGGACCGAUGCUCUAAGAGAGUGUCAGAAAGAAAACAUGCAGCUGGUGAGCAUCACAGACCCUUACCAGCAGGCCUUCCUGACCGUGCAGGCGGUCCUUCGCAACUCUUCUUUGUGGAUUGGACUCUCCAGUCAUGAUGAUGAACUCAAUUUUGGUUGGUUAGAUGGGAAACAUCUUCAAUUUAGUCGCUGGUCUGAAAAUAAUGAACAACUUGAAGACUGUGUAGUAUUAGACACUGAUGGAUUCUGGAAAACAUCGGAUUGCGAUAAUAAUCAACCAGGCGCUAUUUGCUAUUAUUCAGGAAAUGAGACUAAGAAAGAGGUCAAACCAGUUGACAGUUUUCAGUGUCCAUCUCCUGUUCUAAGUACUCCAUGGAUACCAUUUCAGAACUCUUGCUACAAUUUCUUGAUAACAGAAAAUAGAUACAGAGUAACAACACAAGAUGAAGUUCAUUCUAAAUGCCAGACACUGAAUCCAAAAUCACAUAUUCUGAGUAUUCGAGAUGAAAACGAGAACAACUUUGUUCUUGAGCAGCUUCUACAUUACAAUUACAUGGCUUCAUGGGUCAUGUUAGGUAUCACUUAUGAAAAUAAUUCUCUUAGGUGGUCUGAUAAGACCACGCUGUCAUAUACACACUGGAGAUCAGGAAGACCAGCUAUAAAAAAUGGCAAGUUUAUUGCUGGCUUGAGUACUGAUGGCUUCUGGGAUAUUCAAACCUUUAAUGUUGUUGAAGACUUACUAUACUUUCACCAGCACAGCAUUCUGGCUUGUAAAAUUGAAAUGGUUGACUACAAGGAAGAAUAUAAUACUACUCUGCCACAGUUUAUUCCAUAUGAAGAUGGUAUUUAUAAUGUUAUUCAAAAAAAGGUAACAUGGUAUGAAGCAUUAAAUGCAUGUUCUCAAAGUGGAGGUCAUUUGGCAAGUGUUCAUGACCAAAAUGGCCAGCUUUUUCUGGAAGAUAUCGUAAAGCGUGAUGGAUUUCCGCUAUGGGUUGGGCUCUCAAGUCACGAUGGAAGUGAAUCAAGUUUUGAAUGGUCUGAUGGCAGUGCCUUUGACUAUAUUCCAUGGAAAGAUAAAAAAUCUGCUGGAAAUUGUGUUGUCUUGGAUCCAAAAGGAAUUUGGAAGCAUGAAAGCUGCAACUCUGUUAAGGAUGGUGCUAUUUGUUAUAAACCUACAGAAUCUAAAGAGGUGUCCUCUUAUACUUACUCAUCAAGAUGUCCAGGAGUAAAAGGGAACAAGUCCCAGUGGAUUCAGUACAGGGACCACUGUUACACGUCCGACCAGGCAUUGCACAGUUUCUCAGAAGCCAGACAAUUUUGCUCAGAGCUUGCCCGUUCUGCAACUAUUGUUACUAUAAAGGAUGAAGAUGAGAAUAAAUUUGUGAGCAGACUAAUGAGGGAAAAUAAUAACAUUACCAUGAGAGUUUGGCUUGGAUUAUCUCAACUUUCUGCUGAUCAGUCUUGGAAUUGGUUAGAUGGAUCAAAAGUGACAUUUGUCAAAUGGACAAAUAAACUUAGGAGUGGCAGAGGACAAUGUAGCAUUUUGUUAGCCUCAAAUGAAACUUGGACAAAAGUUGAAUGUUCACGUGGCUACGGAAGAGUUGUCUGCAAAGUUCCCUUGGACUGCCCUUCAUCCACCUGGGUUCAGUUCCAAGACAGUUGUUACAUUUUUCUUCAAGAAGCCAUCAAAGUUGAAAGCAUAGAGGAUGUCAGAAAUCAGUGUACUAAUCAUGGAGCAGACAUGAUAAGCAUACAUAAUGAAGAAGAAAAUGCUUUUAUACUGGAUACUUUGAAAAAGCAAUGGAAAGACCCAGCUGAUAUCUUAUUAGGCAUGUUUUUUGACACAGAUGAUGCCAGUUUCAAGUGGUUUGAUAACUCAAAUAUGACAUUUAAUAAGUGGUCAGACCAAGAAGAUGGCGAGGAGCUAGUUGACACCUGUGCCUUUUUGCACACCAAGACAGGUGAUUGGAAAAAAGGAAAUUGUGAAGUUUCUUCUGUGGAAGGAACCCUUUGUAAAGCAGCUAUCCCAUAUGAAAAGAAAUAUUUAUCAGAUAACCGCAUUUUAAUAUCAGCUUUGGUGAUUGCUGGCACAGUAAUUUUGACAGUUUUGGGAGCAGUUGUUUGGUUCUUGUACAAAAGAAGUUUGGAUUCUGGUUUCACUACAGUUUUUUCAACUGCACACCAAUCACCGUAUAAUGAUGACUGUGUUUUAGUAGUUGCAGAGGAAAAUGAAUAUGAUAUUCAAUUUAAUUAAGAUUUUGGAAAUGUCAGAUUAAGACAUCAAAUACCUUUCAGUGAUUCUUCUGCAUGAUUUCAAUGUAAAACCUGAUAAUGAAAACUAGUUUUUAUGAUAUAUUACCUUAUUGCAGUAACAUUCAUUACUCUUAUGUAAUCACUGAUCAUGACAAAAUUUAUCUUUAGGAUCAUUAUAAAGACAAAAGGAGUAACCACCUUAGAUAUAAUUUAAUGGUUUUGACCACCUCCCAAGUGCAUCUUUCACUUGAAUUAAGGAAAGCAGGUAAAAAUAAAAAUCCAGUCUACUUGUCUUACCUCCUCUAUCUUCCUUCCACUGAGUUGAAUCACCUUAGUUGGAAAAAAAUUCUACUUACCGCUAGUUUUAGCAAUCACUAGAUCUUUAGCAAUUUCUAUUGUCUUGCUCCUUUACCAAUAAGAUAUGGAGAAUACACCUAACCUUAAAAGAUUCUCAUUUAGAUAUCACUUGUGCUGGUUACUCUGAUAAUUCCUCUAAUAUAUCUAUCUCCCUUUAGGAUUUAAAUGUAUUAGAUGUGGAAAAUUUUACAGAUUUUAACACCCCAUAUGCCAUAUAAUUAUAUAAUUUUAAUACUUUUUAGAAUACUGUUUUGGACCACAGCAUUAAUACUAUUUAGCACUGAUCAUAAAUUGUCAGGAUCUCAGUAAGAUUUUGUGAAGCAAAAUAAUUACAGCCAUACCAUACCAGGACGGUGUAGAGGAGGCUGACAUGGGUAAUGCAUAGAGCCCUUUAAGGAUUUUUCUCCUGCUGCCAUAUCCUAUGUUCCUAUCUAUCUCAUGCUUCCCAAGCCUCAGUGAAGUAUUUCAAUGACAUGAAAACUGUGUAAGCAAUAACUACAGAGAACUGCAUACUACUGUAGUGAUGAUGUUCAAGUUUCUGGUACGUAUACUGUACAUUUUAAGACAGAAUCAUUUGGUGGUAAAAAGUGAAAAUGCAGUACAGCUGAAGCAAGAAUGCUUUCUUUAGCAACUUUUAUAACAACAUUACUAGAAAAGAUAAGGUAUGUACUUAACAAAAUUGUAUUUACUAUAUGAAGAAACAUAAAGUGCAAGGAAAGUGCGUCUCUCCCUAAUGCAUAUCCCAUCAGUCAUUUCAUGGGAAUACUUUUCAUAUGUAGAGAUACUCUCUCAAGCUUAACCAGUGGCAACAAAGUCUUGGCUUGUGACACCUGUUUCCACUGGCCACCAUGAAGCAGAAUCAUUCCUCAUCACAAUUAAUGGCAGUUUUUUUUAACAAGACAUGAGUGAACUACAAAGUGAUGAUAAUGUAUGUGACUGUUGUACUAAAGAACUGGGUGUUACUACACAAUUAUGUUUUGUAAUAUUGAGAUUUUGUGUUAUUGACUGAAAUGUCUAUUUUAUUAAGAGUAUUAACAGGGCUAUUAAUCGUGAAAAUUAGACUGGAAUUCCUUCCUGCUUUUCUAACUAAAAUUCUACCAAUCCUUUAAGAAUUAAGACCAACUUUCUGUUCUUAAAACUUUCUAUCACAAAUCUUUACAAUAUAUAUUUUAGUAGCCACUGGCUACAUGUGGCAACUUAAAGUUCACUUCCUCAAUUAACACUAGCCAUAUUUCAAAUGCUCAGAUCACAUGCAGUUAGUAGCUACCAUAUUUGGCAAUAUUUCCAUUAUGAUAGAAAGUUUCACUGGAAAAUGAUGUUCCAGUCUCCCGUUCCAUUUCUAAAUAACUAAUAAUUUCUUCAGUUCAUUUCAAAUGACAGCUCUACCAAAAUGGUUGUUCUGAGUGACUUGAUUUUUCAUGUUUGAUUUCAAACAAGUCCUUAAAAGGCCCUGGUAAUGCAGUGUUAAAUCUUAAUUCUCUUUAUAUAUUUGAACAUCUGUAACAGGCCUUUGUGUCUAUUCAUUGUUCAACGGAUAACUGGAUAAUUCAAGUCUGUAUUUCUUUUUAAUAUUAGUAAUAACAUAAGCAUGCCUGUUUACACUCAGAAUGUAUAAACUGCUUUUCUUCAAAUGUCUUGAUUCUAUCUAAUAAUGACAAUGUAAUUCUUAGCUUUGGUAGCUGUUGUUACCAUCCUUUCUUUUAGUUACCAUUUACCAUUUACUUUUAACAUUUUAUUAGAAAUUUGUAUUCUUAAAUUCUUAGGAAUUUGAGUAUUGUAUGGUCUCUAUUUUGUUCAGAAUCUAAAAAAUGAUAACCAAUGAAAGAUUUUUCUUAUUUCCUCUAAUUCACAUUUACAGGUAAUUAGAAGCUUAUAUAAUACUGAAAUACUAAGUAGUACUAACAAACUAUAAGAAUACUAUAAAGCUCAAGUCACUGGGGUCGCACAGAGUCGGACACGACUGAAGCGACUUAGCAGCAGCAGCAAGUCAUUGUGUAUCUGUCAUUUAGCAGUUAAUUUAGCAAAACUAUAAAUAAACUAUAUGUAUAUCAAUGGAAUGUAUUCUACCAUUUACUUCAAAUUUUUAAAUAAAAAAUUUUGUAGGUUAAGAAGACA